UUGUAUUGAAAAGUUUCUCUUUCCUUGUACACAUGCAGUUGCUUUGAACGUGUCAUAAUUGUGUGACAGCAAGUAUCGGCGAUCCCAUUAGUUCAACACACUAGGUUAAGUUACGUAUGUCUUGGUUGCCAUGGUUUCAAGCAAUAGUUGCCAUGCCGGAAUAGUUACAGCCGGAAUUGCAGUCGUAAUGACGAUCGUGUCCGUUGCGGGUCAGGCAAUAUGGUCAGACUGUUCACGCAAUGGAUGCAGAAGACCAAACAAACUACCUAAUUCGGUGGCAUUCGUCCUGACGAACUACCCCGACAUUUGGACUUAUUGCUUUCCGUUCAACACGACACUUCUUUACGUUUGCAAAGAGCAAAACUCCCAUCAGUUUAAACCAAUGGUUUCCGGUAGUAACUUGCUAAAUCGAAAAUGUACCGGCAGCGGAUGGUUGGAUGACAAUCAUGCUACUGUAACGCCACCGAGAUGCGAGGAGAGGAAGAAGCAUUGUUUGUGGCCGCCUGUGCCAAUCGGUCCAAAUAUUUUCGUCCAAAUCGACAGCCAAAAUGUCAGCAUCGUGGACAGCAGUGCGAACUCAGCACGUUAUUAUUCAGAGGACACAAUAGCCACAUACAAGUGCAUGUACCCUAAAUUUCUGGGCGACAAGGAAGUUCACCAAACUUGGCGCUGUAUUAAAGAACAACACAAAACAUAUUUAUUACGUUUUCAAUAUACUACUGUUGUCUCUUGGAAAUGGAUAAACCAAACCGCGCAAGAUUUACUUUGUGACCCGCCUUUAGAUACACCCAACAGGACGGAGAAGCACUCGAUCACAAAGACAACUAGUAUUUUCACAACAGAAACUUCGUUCACGUUCGGCCGUAACGAUUUCGACUUUAUUAACUUUACAGACCGGCAACAGACAACACGACGUAACGUAAUCAUCGGCAUUUGCGGCGCUAUGGCAUUUGUCUUGAUUACCCUUCUUCUUGGUGUUUUCUAUCGAAACAGACUCAUGUUUGGCAAGAGAUACGGUGACAGUUCCGGCUUCGCUAGUCAACGUUCAUUGGCUCCCAUAAUGGAAGAGCAAACAAAAUGCAACCAAACUAACGAAGGAAAUCUUCUUUAUGCCAACAUCAUACCAAUUAAAGUAAAUAGCGAGACCAUCUACACCGAAGUUGAAACCGGGGAAGUUGGCGGUGAUGGAAAAUUAGGCACUAAAGUUAAAUAUAUCGUUGGUAACGACCAGUUACAAACAGUUUACGCUGAAAUUCAUCAUCCGGUGUAGUGGUUCCAUAUCAGCACCGAAGAAAAUGAAUUUUUCAAAGUAUGACGUAAUAUUGUCUCAAAGCAGUGUAAUAAAAAGGUUGCAUAAAAUGGUGUCAAUAUUAUACAUACAUAGAUGAAGCAAACAA